CCUGUGAGCAGUUGAUCUCCAGAGUUUGUUGAAAAGCCAUGAAAUUCGGGAAGAAGUUCAGGACCCACCUGGAGGAGACGCUCCCGGAGUGGAGGGACAAGUUCCUCUGCUACAAUCUCCUGAAGAAGCUCCUCAAGGGCUUCCCUGCCACCGCGGCUACCAUAGCCGCGGUGGAUUCCCUCCCUCGCCAACUCGAGCUUCAGCGGCAGCCGGCAGAUGCCCAUCCGGCCGCUGCUGAUGGAGGUGAUGGUGGGUUCCACCCUUUGGCCGGACUCCAGGAUUGGUUCGUUGCGAUUCUGAAUGAGGAGCUGGAGAAGUUAAACGAUUUCUAUGUGGAUAAGGAGGAGGAGUUCGUUAUCCGUUUCCAGGAACUGAAAGGAAGAAUCGAGAGCGUCAAGGAAAGGAGCAGCAGGGGUGGAGUAUUUACAUCAGAGAGCGAGUUCAGUGAAGAAAUGAUGGACAUCCGUAAGGACUUUGUCACCAUUCACGGGGAGAUGGUGCUUCUAAAAAAUUAUAGCUCGUUGAAUUUUGCAGGGCUUGUCAAAAUUCUAAAGAAGUAUGAUAAGCGAACAGGAGGAGUGUUGCGUUUACGUUUCACGCAACUAGCCGUACACCAGCCUUUCUUUACAACAGAGCCUCUCACGAGGCUAGUCCGUGAAUGUGAGGCAAAUCUCGAGCUUCUCUUCCCUUUGGAAGCAGAAAUCAUUGAAGGUACACCAACCACACAAGAUGAAACCACCCCAGACAGAGGUCACUCAAACCCGCAGUCCAAUGAUUCGGCAAAUAUUGCAUCUGAGACACCUUCAAACAUGGGCAACAUGGAGGCAAACACAGAUAUAUAUCGUGGAACUGUUGCCGCAAUCAAAGCCAUUCAAGGCCUUCAAAAACCAAGCUCCACUUCCAGCCCAUGGUCGCUUUCAAAUCACUUUAGAAGCCAGGACGAGGAGAGCACUGGUGCUGUCACAGCCGAAAAUUCUACUUCAAACUCUGUAGGCAGCUGGCAGAGCGAAGGGGAGGAUGACCAGUUGUAGUGUUUAACCUAUCAGUUCCUGCAGUACAUCCUCCGUUUCUGAUCAAGAGGACGACAGUGUGCGUAAGAGCGUUUAUCUUAUUACUUUCGGUGUUACAUUCUUGUUUUUGCUUCUUGUGGCAACCGGAAUCCUAAACCCUAGGAGAAAUUUACCAUAGCAUAAUAGCAUUAAUCUGAAAGUUGUGUAGUUCUUUCAGUAGUACUUUUCAAUGUUGUGCAGUUUUCUCAAUAGCAUUUGCUUGAAACUUAUAAUGUUGAACAACUUCACUUGAGCUAAAUCUCAUUCUGCUCUUCUUUGUUA